AUGGGUGAGGACACCAAAACUCAACACCCUGCUCUUAAUGUCAGCAAUAUCAGAACCUUUAUUCUUGUAACCCUUGAGAUGGAAUCAUCUCAAUAUGUGUCUUGGGCGGAACUUUUUCAGAUUCAUGCUAGGGCUUUCCUUGUCCUUGAUCACAUCAGUCAUUCCACCACCGCUGUCACGGAGGACGAGACAUCCAAGAAGGUGGACGAAGCUCUCUGUUCUCGCCUCGACGCCAUUGUCCUCCAAUGGAUUUAUGGCACAAUUUCAAAUGACCUCCUCCACACCAUCAUUGAACCAGGCUCCACCAGGUUUCAGGCAUGGGAACGCCUUCGGCUUAUCUUUCAAGACAACAUGAAUGGCAGGGUUGUUCAUCUCGAACAUGAGUUCUCCACCAUCUCUAUGGCCAACUAUCCUAAUGCCACCGCCUAUUGUUAG